GAUUCCUUCCCACUUCCACUGCUUGGGAACUCUAACCAUAAUGGCAGCGGCGGCGGCUGAAGCGGCGUCGGACGAAACGCCGAGGCGGUUUUCGGCGACGGCCAUCGAAUCCGCCGCAGCUUCCUCUCCGUCGACAUCUCGUCUCCUCUCGUCGUAUCUCGGCAUCAGCUUCGCCGUGUUCUUAGGCUUUCUUCCUAAAGCCUCCCUCUCCUACGUUCCUUCUCUCCAGUCCCGCAACCGGAUCCUCGCCCUCAAGCUCUUCCAGGCCGAGGACCUGCUCCGCCAGCUCCGCUCCCGCCGCCGGGAGGACGCCAAGGCCAACGCCCGCGUCGCUGAGAUCUUCUCCGGCCACCGCCACGACUGGCACCAGGAGGAGCGCCGCCUCUUCCACCAGCUCUCUGCUGCCGACGACGAAAUCGCUGCCCUUAAGACCCGAAUCUCCGGCCUGGAGAAAACCGAAGCCGACCUCAGAUCCUCCAUCCAGAAGCUCCAGAAAGAGGUGAGCGAGAGGGACGAGAUGCUCCAUUUCAUGGCGAGGAAGGCGGAAGGAGGAAGGGAUUUCAAAGAGACGAAGGGUUUGGGUUUGGGGGAGGAGGAGGAUGAGGAGUUCUUGUCGGAGAUGGGGGGGAAGCUUAGGGUUUCGGAGGAAGGGUUGGAUCCGGUGGUGCCGGAGAGUUGUUACUUGGAGAGGAACGCGGAGUUGGAUGAGAUGAUGGCGCUCUAUGCUAACCAGAGUGGUUCUGGAAGGGAUUUCUUGCCGAUGGCGGCUUCCAAACCGUGGACGGAUAGAUCGGCCGGAUGGCAGGAAAUGCAGCAUGAUUGCCUUGAACCGGUGUACGGCAUGAAGCCUUUUGUGCCAAGGAGGGAGUCCCCUUGGAAAGUAGAUGGUGAAACCGCAGGAGUUUCCUCUAAGCUUAAAUUACUGGAGCAAGAAUUAGUCAAUUUGGAGAAAGUUGGGAAGGGAGAUUUGUCCAAGAUCUCAUCAUUGAUGAGGAAACAGGCAAAGAGAUGCCAAUCUCUUGCUGGUAAAAUUGAUGAUUUAUGCAGGAGAAUGCAAAUUAGUGAUCCAUGUGAUGCAACCCUCAGCCCAGAGUUCCGAACACAAAGACAGACUGAAUUUUUGCUAGAGGCAUUCCGCCUGCAAAACCGGGCUACAGAAAUAAGGCAGAAGCUGAGCACACUGCAAACUGAGACAACCAAGAGCUGCUUCGGAGACGAACUAACAGCACAGGCCAAGUUGAGCACAAGGAGAUCUUUGGAUUUAAUUAGAAAGAACUUUAAGGAGAUCCAGAGGAACCUGGAGAUCUGGUUGGCCCGAAUCAUGGGUGAUUUGGAGGGCAUUUUGGCCAGGGACACUGCAUCACGUGUAAGGGAUUGCUAUGUAUCUCCAUACCCUUUUGUCCAAUGAUUUCACAACCAUUACCAUCUUCUUGGUGGUUCUACUUGCUCUACUUUAUAUAGUCUCCUGGAAGUACACCACAUCUUCGAGCUAACAGAAAAAUGUAGGUAAGCAUCCUGUGUAGUAUGCUAAUAUUUUCCUAAUUUUACAUCUCUUUAUGCCUAACUAUUGGAAACAUUUGAGAUAGGCAAACACACUGCUGAAUAAACCAAACAAAAGGUGAACAAUAAGGGAAGGGCAUCAGACAGUUGUAUUGGAUGGGCCUACAUGGCCCUUGCCAUUUUUAAGUUUUUACGGCCUAUAUAUUUCCAUGCUUAUGUCCUAUGCUAGGAGGCAAGUUACCCCCCACCUCUAGAAAUCACCACCAAAUUCUAUUUUGGUACUGAUCUGCAUUGAAGGUUGUCUCCCAUAUGCUGCCUGGACCUUCCGACAUGUGGGGUAACUAUAAUGUUCUCUUUUGUUUCAUCUUGCAAAAAUUUAUGAUCCAAUAUCCAAUCAUUUGCCAUUCCACAGUAAGGCAUGCCUGUUCUUGCAGCUUCUAUCACUGCUCCUGUCUUGCCCAUCCAUCGAUCCAAACUUUGCAUCAGAAUCAAUGAAGUGGAGGCAUACUGCUGAGCUAUAUAUAGUUUGUGGCCGCUGUCUCAAGAGGUGAAUGAAGGAAUGCAGGUGCGACAACAUGGCAUCCAGUCAGCGAAAUAUGCCGAGGAAAUCUAAAGGGGCAUAGGAUGUGAGGGGAUGCAUGAUGUGAAGUAACACCAACAGUGACAAACUGGGUCAAGAAAUGGGGCACAAGAACCAGCUCUCAACCUUCAUUUUGCUAAAAAUCCAUAAAGCACUGGUUUACCACAAAAUCUCGUACUCUAAAAUAGAGUCUGGACUCUGGAGAAAAUUCGUCAUGAUAAUAUUAGCCCUUGAAUGUAACAUCAAUUGGCUGAUAUGUGAUACAGAUCUUUAUAUUCAAGAUCUUUAUGUGAUAUUUGGUAAUUUUGAGGAGUGGGAUUAUUUAUGUUGUUAUGAUACCCAUAUUAUGGACUGGA